CUGUUGUCGGUAGGGCCAGGUGGCGUGUCGAUGGGACCAAGUGGCGUGUCGAUGGGACCAGGUGGCGUCCAGAUGUGUGGGUAUAAAAGACCAGUGAUGGUGGGCGCUCACAGUAGUCGCUCUUCUUCUCAUCCCAUCACCGUCUGUUCGUCAGAUCGAGGUUGUCUUCAUCUAGUCUCGUCUUCCGAAGUGUUCAGCCUCGUCUUCCGAAGCCUCGCCUACCCAUAGCCUUCAGCGCUUGAAGCGUCCCGCCUCUGAAGCACCCCGCGCCACCUUUCCGACCCAUCGUCAGCUGGCUGGCACACAUCGGUUCACUAAACUCAGAGCCAUCCCUCUCGCGCCAGUAAAGCCAUCCGCCUCGCGCCAGUAAAUCAAAGCUGCCCCCCUAUCCCAUCCUCACCAUGGUUCCCUCCCUCGAAGCGCCCCUUCUCACCUUCGACGAGGCCCAGCAGGCUCAAGAAUGCAGCCUGCUAUUCGCGCCCCUCGUCAUAAAGAUCGAAAACCUCCGUAACAUCAUCGAGGGCGAAGAAGUCGCCCUCGAGAUCAUCCCUCUGGGGAUGUCCCGCCGCGUCAAGGAUGCGGCCAUGACCAUGGCCACCGCCGUCGAGCACGGCAUCGACGGUGCUUCCGUGCCGACCGCGCUCGGGGUCGCGCACGGACUGGGAGUCGCUGCCGCGCUCGGCGCUGCUCCCGUCUUGGGCGUCAAUGCCUUCGUUCCUGGUGCGGCUGUGGACGCCCACAGCGUGGCUCCUGGGAUGCACUUCAUGGGCGGGUCCUUCCUCGCCCAGUCGCUGCGUUCCCCGCGGGCCAGCAUUGCGCGCCGCGAGUCGCUUGUGCCGUCGCCGCCUCUGUCGCCGGUGUCCGCCUCAUUUGCGUGAAACCCCUCAUCGAGGACGAUGUGCGAAAGCUGUGUAGUGUUCGUUAAGGUUCCGAGUGUCCGAAAGGGUUCCGGUCAUUCUGAAGGGUUCCAAGUGUAUUUGUAUCACCGUAGUGUCGUGUACCAAGAGUAAAGAACGUUUACGCAGCGCGAGCCUUCUCCCGAGGGAGGCCGUGCGAUAUCUUCUGCUUCGCGAAGUCUUGGGUGUUGUACUAUCUGCAACCUCGGUCAGCGAGUGAAUGCAGGCUGACUACCAGUCCAUCAGCCUAUGCAAGUGCUUGCGAAGGCGCUCGUAGCUGAGUUCCCCAAGCGGUGCGCGAUCCUCAUGUCCGGGGCCCCGCCUGGAGAGGGCGCUUACGAGUGCGGGGUUGCGCCCAUAUAUUCUGCCUUUUGUUCCCGAACACG